AUGCAGAAACCAAUGACCUAUCAUCUCAACAACGAGCUGUUUGACAUCUUUCAGCAGGAGAUCAAGGAGCUGCAUCAAGAUGUUGCGGCCAUUACGAUGGAUAAAUUAAACACAGAACGCUACUAUGAAGACCUUGUCUCAGAGGAGAGGGAGGAGAAGCAGGCAUUGCUUCUAGAAAUUCAGGAGCUUAAGGAGAAGCUGGAGAAAGCUGACUCCAAGAACCAAGGCCUGGUGGGCAGAGAUGAGACAACGUGCUGCCCCACAAUACAGGAACUCCAACAAGAGAUAAAGGAGAUGCAAAAAAAACAUCAUCAGGAAAUUGAGAUGCUCACCAUUGAGCAUGAAAUGGAUCUCGCUGUGGCUCAGAAAGAGGUGAAGGAGCUCCAGGAAAAGCUGAAGAAUGAAAGAAAUCUUGGAGCAGAAAGGGAUUCAGCGAAAAGGGAAGCCAGUGAGAUUCCCCUACAAUUCUCUUGCCAUAAGAAUCAACUGGAGCUCCAACAGCUGGAAAGAAACAUCAAAGAGGAAAAAGCACUAAGGGUCCAGGCAGAGAAUUUCUUGGAAAUAUUGGACCAAGAACUAAAAACUGAACAAGAACGUAGAGCCCAAACUGAGGCAGACAAACAAGAAGCAGUGGAGAUUGCAGAGGAACUAAUUAAAAAGCUUGAGAACAUGGAGAAAACAUCCAAGGGGGCUCCAUCUGAGAACAAAUUUGAACUGGAACUCCAACAGCUGGAGAAAAUGCUCCAAGAGGAAAAAAGACUAAGGGUCCAAGAAGAGAGUAAAAAUGCUGCUCUCUUAAAAACUGUAGAGAUCCUUCGGCAGGAAACAAUCAAAGAACGGCCGAAACCAUUAGUCUAUCACCUUAACAAUGAGCUGUUUGACAUCUUUCAGCAGGAGAUCAAGGGACUGCACCAAGAUGUUGCGGCCAUUGCAAUGGAGAAAUUCAACACCAGACGCGACUAUGAAGACCUUGUCUCAGAGGAGAGGAAGGAGAAGCAGGCUUUGCUUCUUGAAAUUCAGGAGCUUAAGGAGAAGAUGGAGAAUGACAAAAAUAUUGGUGCAAAAGGGGAAGGCAUUAAGAUUCCGCUACAAUUGUCUAGCCACUGUGUAGUUUCCAGUGAACAUUCAGCGGAAAUCAAAGUUCGAGAUGAGGACAUUCCUUGUCUUGACGUCCGACAGCUUCAGGAAAUGCUCCAAAGAGAGAGAGAGCUGAGGAUUCAGGCUGAAAAUGAGAACCUAGAUCAAUUUAAAUAUGCGGAGGCAUUCUUUGAAAUGAUGGAGCAAGAGCUGAAAACAGAACGUAAACUUAGAGCCCAAAUUGAGGUGGACAAACAGGAAGCUGUGGAGAUAGCAGAACAACUAUUUAAAAAGCUUGAGGACAUGGAGAAGACGUCCAAGGAGGCUCCAACUGAGAUCACUUUGGAUGAUAGGGACAAAUUUGAACAGGAACUCCAACAGCUGGAGAAAAUGCUGCAGGAGGAAAAAGCACUAAGGGUCAAGGCUGAGAAUUUCUUAGAAAUAUUGGAUCUGGAACUGAAAACGGAGCAAGAACUUAAAGCCCAAAUUGAGGAAGAUAAACAGGAAGUUGAGGAGAUAGCAGAACAACUAUUUAAAAAGCUUGAGGACAUGGAGAAGACGUCCAAGGAGGCUCCAACUGAGAUCACUUUGGAUGAUCGGGAUAAAUUUGAACUCGAACUCCAAAAUCUAGAGAAAAUGCUCCAAGAGGAGAAAGCACUAAGGGUCCAAGGAGAGACUGAAAAUGCUGCUCUCUUGACAACUGUAGAGUUUCUUCGGGAGGAAACGGACAAAGAACUCCAGAAAGAAAGGGCUCUGAGAGAAGAGGCAGAAAGAGAUAAGUUGGAAUUGGAGAAGGCAAGUGAUAAACUUUACCAGGGUUUCGAGAAAGCCUGUAAGCUGACAGAGACGCUCUCGGCUGAGACCGUACUUUUUACCAACAAGCUUCAGGCAGACGACCAGAAACAGAGAUCUCUGCUCAAAGACAUCCAGGAACUCACCCUCUUGCUGGAAAAGGAAAAAACCCUAAGGAUCAAGGCAGAGAACUAUGAGAUGGAGGCCAUAGAGAUCGUAGAGGCUUUGCAGAAGGAAGCAAAAUAUAGAUCAAGGAAGAACAAAGAUUUGAAAAAGAAACACCAUCACAUCAAAGCCCAACCUUUUUAA